GUCCAAACAAAAACUGUAUGUGGAGCAAUGAAGGUUUAUCAAGGUGUUCUGCUGCUCUUGAGUUGCCAAAUCCUUUACACUCUGGCUUUAGACUGUACCAUAAUGAAUGGUAAUCUGAAGCAGAUUGAUGCUGGGUCUGGUUCAGUGGUUGGAGUGAACGAUCUAAAUCAAGCGUUUGUGCUGCAAGAUGAUGUCUUCAAUCUGGUCAGCAAAUCUCUAAAGCACUUCAGUGUUGGUCCUGCUGGUCAGCUGGGAGUUAACAAAACCUACUACAUCUUCAAAUUGAUAAGUGGCAGAUUUGUUGAGUUUCCAGGUCUUCUCAAGCAGGUGGAUGCUGGAGGUGAUCAGAUCAUUGCAGGCGUCAAUAUGAAUGAUGACAUCUUUUGUUUAAAUAUGGAUGCAAACAACCAAUGGCCAUCCAGCACCACUCCUUGGGUUACCCUUAAUGGAAAGCUUAAGUAUUACAGCUGUGGUCCUUACAGCUGCUGGGGAGUGAACUCAAAUGACCAUAUCUUUAUCAUGAAGGUAAUGUCACCAUGUUAAAUGCAGUGAAUGAAAUAUAAUUUUGUAAAAAAAAAUGUAAUUUUGCACAUAGUGUGGUGUGAGGUAGUAUGAGCACAGACACAAAUGGAAUGGUGGUGGAAGAUUAUAUGGAAGAUAAUUCACUAGUGUGCUUAAACAAUGGUAGGGGAACAAGAUUUAAUAUUAGA